AUGGCAAAACUCAGCCUACUACUUGGACUUCUCAUCUUGUUAUUCACCCCUUCUCUCUCUUGUCCUGAACAUCAAAAACAAGCCCUUCUUCAAUUUAAAGCCUCUCUCAUCAAUGCUACUACUACUUUUUCACCAAAAAGCCCUCUUGCUUUGUUAGAAUCAUGGAAUUCCAGCUUAGAUUGUUGCCACUGGGACAUGGUCAAUUGUAGUUCUCGCUUUGAUUCAAGGAAUGUGGUUGCUCUAUAUCUGGAGGACCUCGUCUGGUCGAAGGAGCCCAUAGUGUUGUCUUCCACCAUCUUGACACCGCUCUUCCACAUUAGAAGCUUGACGCACCUUGUCAUGUCCUGGAAUCAAAUACAAGGAGAAUUGCCAGGUGAUGGCUUCGCCAAUCUGACAGAAUUGGUUCAUCUUGAUUUGUGGAAUAAUGCCUUCAAUGGCUCCAUUCCUUCUCAGCUUUUUCACUUGAAGCAUCUUCAAUAUCUUGAUAUAAGUAUAAAUUCAUUUCAGGGGAAUAUCCCUAAGGAGAUAGGGAAUAUGACAAAGUUGGAGCAUUUGUUUCUUCGCAGCAACGAAUUAUUUGGGGAAAUUCCAUCUUCAAUUCUGAAUUUAAAGGAAUUGAAAACAAUGGAUUUGAGUUACAAUUCAUUGUCAAUGGAAAUUCCUGUUGAUAUUGGCAAUCUAGCCAACAUGACCAAUUUGGACUUGAAUUGCAACAAGCUCACGGGUACAAUCCCAUCAACCAUGCAGAAUUUGACGAAAUUGGAAAUACUUCAUUUGGAAAGCAACUUGCUCGAUGGAGAUAUUCCAUCCAGGCUGUUCAAUAUCAAGGGCUUAAAGAGCCUUCUUCUUGGAGGAAAUAAUCUCACUUGGAAUAACAAUGCAAAGAUGGUGCCAAAGUUUACGCUAUCUGAGUUGUCUAUGAGGUCUUGUGGUCUUACAGGAGAAAUUCCAAGUUGGAUUUCUACACAAAAGACACUUGAAAUUCUGGACUUGAGUGAGAACCAGCUAGAAGGAAUGUUCCCACAAUGGCUUGCUGAAAUGGAGGUUGGAACUAUAAUUUUGUCAGAUAACAAUCUUACAGGUUCUCUCCCACCUCGCCUCUUCAACUCUCCAAAGUUAUAUGCUCUUUCCUUGUCCCGAAACAACUUUUAUGGAGAACUUCCAAACAACAUUGGUAAUGCCACUAGACUUGGGAUUCUUACGUUGGCUAGAAAUAAUUUUUCAGGUAAGGUUCCUGAAUCCAUCUCCAAGAUUUAUGGCCUCUAUUUGUUGGACCUGUCAAACAACAAAUUUUCUGGCAACACUUUACCAGAUUUUAGUUCCAACGUACAACUCCAAAUCAUUGAUUUUUCUUCAAAUGAAUUCUCGGGUGAAAUUCCAACCAAUUUUUCCCAAGAAACUAUAAUUCUAGCUUUGGGAAAAAAUAAGUUUUCUGGUAGAUUGUCUAGAAACUUGACUAAUAUGAGCAAGCUUGAAUACCUAGACAUCCAUGACAACAAAAUCAAAGGUGAAUUGCCUAACUUUAUCUGCCAAAUCUCCACCCUCCAUAUUCUAAUUUUUCGAAACAACUCUCUCCAAGGUUCAAUCCCUAUUUGUAUUUCUAAUCUUACCAGCCUCCAAAUUCUUGAUCUCUCAAGCAACCUUCUUGUUGGAGAAAUCCCUAAAGAGUUUGGGAAUCUUGCUGGUAUGAUUGAAACACCUGAUGGAUUUUCGUAUUUUAAUGGUUUUGGAACAAAUUAUUACACCAUUGGCACCAAGAUUAAUGAUAUGAUAGUGAACUGGAAGAAGUCAAAACAAGGUCUAUCAUUUGACAACCUCAAGAACUACUCUUUGUUAGACUUGUCAAUGAACCAACUUUCUGGUAAAAUUCCAACCUCAUUAGGAAAACUGAAGGCUCUGAAGCUUCUCAAUGUCUCACUUAACAAUUUUUAUGGGAGAAUACCAGCAAGUAUUGGUGAUUUAAAAAAUCUAGAGGGUUUGGAUUUGUCACGUAACAAUCUAUCAGGUUCAAUGCCACAAUCACUAGCAAUGUUGCUACAACUGACUAUUUUGGAUGUGAGUAACAACAAGCUCACGGGUAAGAUUCCAAUUGGUAGCCAGAUGGAUACAAUGAAUAAUCCAAACUUUUAUGCCAACAAUAGUGGAUUGUGCGGAAUGCAAAUUCAAGUGUUAUGUCCAGAAGACUCAUCAUCAACAAAACCACCAGUGGUUGAGAGAAAAGAAACAUGGUUCUCAUGGGAAGGAAUGGUGAUUGGAUAUGUGGUUGCCUUCUUUGUAACAGUGGCAAUCCUAUAUCUAACUGAGUAUUGUGUACCUGUAAAACCUCUGAAUCACCGUAGUCAACAAGGAAGACAAAAGGUAUAA